UGUGUGUCAAAUAUAGCUGAUUUACAGGCCGAUUUGCACACACACUCGUUUCUAAUUUGCAAAAUAUUUGUUUUGUCCGUGUUAUAUAUCCGGUCCUAAAUUUCUGUGAGAGCGCCAUCUGCGGACGGAGAAAGAAAAUUAUCUCUGGUGGGUUUGGAACACCAUGAGUAUAUUUGGUGGCACAUCACAAUUCGGUCAGUCCAAUAUGUUCGGUUCAUCCACAAACAACACAGCAUACAAUCCCAUGAAGGACAUUGAGGUUGCCUCUCCCCCUGAUGACAGUGUAAGUUGCCUCAAGUUCAGCCCCGGUGCUCUCCCCUCCACAUUCCUUGUAGCAGGCAGCUGGGACAACAACGUGCGUUGUUGGGAAGUGCAGCAGAGUGGCCAGACAAUCCCCAAGGCCCAGCAGACUCACACAGGACCAGUGCUGGAUGUAGACUGGAGUGAUGAUGGCACCAAGGUGUUCACUGCAUCGUGUGACAAGACUGUGAAGAUGUGGGACCUCAACAGCAAUCAGGCCUUACAAGUAGCACAGCAUGAUGCUCCAAUCAAGACGGUGCACUGGGUGAAGGCCCCCAACUACAGCUGUGUGAUGACAGGCAGCUGGGACAAGACUCUCAAGUUCUGGGACACUCGGUCACCAAACCCCAUCAUGAACAUCCAGCUCCCCGAGAGAUGCUAUUGUGCUGAUGUGAAAUACCCCAUGGCAGUUGUUGGCACAGCGGGUCGGGGUCUCAUCAUCUACCAACUGGAGAACCAGCCUCAAGAGUUCAAGAGGAUGGAAUCACCCCUCAAGUACCAGCAUCGCUGUGUGAGCAUCUUCCUGGACAAGAAGACGAAUGCUCCGACCGGCUUUGCGCUGGGCAGCAUUGAGGGCCGUGUGGCUAUACACUACGUCAACCCCACCAACCCCAAGGACAACUUCACCUUCAAGUGCCACCGGUCUAACGGAGCGUCCAACGGCGUGCAGGACAUAUAUGCGGUGAAUGACAUCUCGUUCCAUCCCGUCCACGGCACUCUGUCAACUGUGGGAUCUGAUGGCCGAUUCAGCUUCUGGGACAAGGACGCCCGCACCAAGCUGAAGACCUCGGACCAGUUUGACCAGCCUAUCACGACCUGUAACUUCAACGCUCAGGGCAACAUUUUCGCCUAUGCAUCCAGCUACGAUUGGUCCAAGGGUCAUGAAGGGUACGAUCCGCAGAAGAUGAAGCCACAUAUCUUCCUCCGGUCCUGCUUUGACGAACUAAAGCCAAGCACCAAGAGGUCAUAAACACAUCCUGCCCUCAGCCUCACACAAGAUGGACGACCGUUGCAGUCAUGUCUCAUGAUGUGCAACAAUUAUCUUAAUAUGAACAUUAUUUUGAGAUACUUAUUCAAAAUGGAUAACACCAUUUGGUGAUUUAACAACAUGAUCGGUUCCAAGUCAUAAAUCUUGUAAAUAUUCAUGCUAAUUGUCAUUUUUUGUUUCAUCCUGUAAUUUUUUGUCAUAUGUCAGUGCAAAGUCAAGCUGUCCAAGAAUCUGGUGAUUAUGAGUAAUACGAACAGAGCAUGUGCUAUUGACAAGGGUCCAAUCACUGAUGAUCCACAGACUCGACUGGAGGGGUCUGUUUUGGAUAACAGAAGGGUGAAUCUGAUUUUGUUAAAAUAAGCACAGUUUGUUUCACAUGAAGCUUUUUCAACAGUCAGGAUGACCUUGAAAUGUGAUAUUUCAAUUCCAAAUACAUAACCCUGCUUUUGGGGCAUAUUUUGGCAAAGUCACUGAAAUAUAUGUUUUGCCUAAAAGCGGCAUCAGAAGAGGUCCUCCUGACUGCUGAAGGUAUGGUCCAGAUCUUAGCAUGUGUCUUACCUGGCUUUACUAUGUCUCCUUCAUGGUACCUGGUGGUCACCUUGAGCUUGUUGUAACGUAUAGUUGAUAUUGAUGUACAUAAGCAUGAUCAGACAAUAAACAAUCUUUACCAGC